GCAGUGAGUGUGAUCGCGACACAGCUGGAUGCACGAGCAGAAGGCUGGCACGCGGUCCAGCUGCGACCAGAUGACUGAGCUCAGCUGCUUUCUGAAGCACCAACACGCACCACAUCCAUAACUUGUUUCCGAGCGCGCCGGGAGAUGACUUGUGAGCACUGGAGGGUUAAUGUAUCGUAACAAUACCCGCAGAGCCCAUUCAGAAAACUCCGGAGAGGGAUCCGCUUGCAUCUCUCUUCUGAUGACUUCUUUUUUUGUUUCGAUCCUCGGCGCGUCUCUCCUCAGGACUUGGUGUUCCCAAUCCGCAGCCAAACAGGCGUUUUGAGUUCGGUUUGGUGCUGGUGAUGUAACGCUUCUCAUCUCACAACCUAUCACUGCCGCCUUCCUCUCACAGAGCAUGGGACGCUUCAAACUCUAAAAGGAAGAAGCACGAGAGUCAAAGCAGAAAGGGAGGGAAAAAACGAGGAAAGGAACGAUGGAGUCCAUAUUGUCGGAUCAGUCUGCUGCAGUGGAUGAUCUGGUGGAAGCGAGCAUCCAAGCCUUCGAUGAGAGAGGCACUUUGAAGGAUGCCUCCAUGGUGCGCAUGUUUAUCAUGAUGCACCCUUGGUAUAUUCCUUCAAUCAACCUGGCCAAGAAGCUCGUGCUCAAAUAUCAAGAGGAGAGCUGCACUGCUGAGCGCCGAACAAGAAUAUGCCACCUUGUCAAGUACUGGAUCUCUGAGUUUCCAGCAGAGUUCAAUCUGAGCCCGGAGCUGGCAGAGGAGAUCAAAGACUUUAAAGACCUCCUGACCACUGAAGGCAACGCGAGCCAGAGCCAGCUCAUUGACCUGGACAGUGUGCCAUCGUAUAAAUGGAAGCGGCAGGUGACUCAGCGUGUCCCGUCAGUGUCCAAAAAGAGGAAAAUGUCCCUGCUGUUUGACCACCUUGAUUCCUGUGAGCUGGCUGAACACCUGACCUACCUGGAGUACAAAUCCUUCUGCAAGAUCCUGUUUCAGGACUACCACAGCUUUGUGAUGCACGGCUGCACGGUGGAUAACCCCAUCCUGGAGCGUUUCAUCACCCUUUUCAACAGCGUCUCCCAGUGGAUCCAGCUCAUGGUGCUCAGCAAGCCCACCGCCCCGCAGAGGGCCGCCGUCAUCUCCCACUUCAUCAGGGUGGCACAGAAGCUGCUGCAGUUGCAGAACUUUAACACACUGAUGGCUGUGGUGGGCGGCCUCAGCAACAGCUCCAUCUCUCGUCUCAAAGACACGCAGACCCACAUCAGCGCCGAGACCAACAAGGUUUUUAAUAACCUCAUUGAACUGGUGACAUCAUGUGGGAACUACAGUCAAUACCGCAAGCGCUUCUCAGAGUGCUCAGGCUUCCGGUUCCCCAUCCUCGGCGUGCACCUGAAGGACCUGAUAGCCGUGCACGUGGCGCUGCAAGACUGGGCUGAUAAAGAGAAAACACGGGUCAACCUGACCAAGACCCAACAGCUGUACGCCAUCCUUCAAGAGCUGGCGAGGAUCCAGACCACACCGCCUCACAUCGACGCCAACACAGACCUGCUCAACCUGCUGACGGUGUCUCUGGACCAGUACCACACGGAGGAGGAGAUCUACCAGAUGUCUCUACAGAGAGAACCUCGCAAGCCAGCGCAGAACUCCAGCCCCGCCCCCGCGCCUGACCCCAAGCCCACCAUGAUCGAUGAGUGGUCCGUGUCGGUGAAGCCCAGCACCGAUCCCACCAUCAUCAAGAAACACAUAGAGAAGAUGGUGGAGUCAGUCUUCAAGAACUUUGACUCAGACGGUGACGGCCACAUCUCUAGGGAUGAAUUUGAAGCCAUAAGGAACAACUUCCCAUACCUCAGCAAGUUUGGAGAACUGGACAAGAACCAAGACGGGAAGAUCAGCAGAGAGGAGAUGAUCGACUACUUUAUGAAAGCCAGUUCUCUGCUCAACUGCAAGAUGGGUUUCAUCCACACUUUCACUGAGAGCACCUACGUCAAGCCCACGUUCUGCGAGCACUGCGCCGGCUUUAUAUGGGGCUUCUACAAGCAAGGCUACAAGUGUAAAGCCUGUGGGGUGAACUGCCACAAGGCCUGUCGGAGCCGCCUGGCCGUGGAGUGCAGGAAAAGGACGAAGAGCAUCAGCCACGAGACGCCUCCCGCCCUCCAGGCCAGAUCCUACAGCUUCCCCCCACCUGCCAACACUCCACCCAGCCUGCAGCACUCAGUAAUUGCUGAAGAGGAUUUAGAGACCUUGGAGGAAGGAGUGUUUGAUGUCCACCUAUAACCAGUUGACUGAGGCCAGUCUGCAGCUCUCUAUUUUAGAAUCCCUCCUACGGCUGGUGUGCACGAAGCUAAAUCAGCGUCUGUGGGGCCCUGACACCGAAUGUGCUACAGUACGUCAGUUUUACAGCCCUCAAACUGAAGAGAAAUGCACUGAACACAAGCCAGGAUCCCUCCAUGCUGCCACACAGUGGACACAUCCUGCAACAGCACCCCCACCCAACUCACAUGAAUGUGAAGACCAAUGUGAAUGGAAUGUCUUUGUAUGAAAAUAAAUGUACAAUCUCUGCAUUAUGAUUCUGUAUUGGCCAAAAGUGUUACUGUUAAACUUACUAUAUAUUUAAAAAGAUAUCCACAAAAUUGUAUUUUCUUCGUGGAAUGCUAAAGUCAGUGGAGUUUAUAAUUUCAGUGCACAAUCGAAAUGGCUGUCUACAUUUUUAUUUUCUGUAAAAAAACAAAAACAUAACAGGUGCUGUUAUCGCCAAGAAUGUAAACCAGACAGCUACUGUCUUCUUUGCCUGAGAAGCUUUUUAUUGUACAUCAUGUUAUUUUGAAACACAUUUCAAUGGACCAAUAAUAAUAGGACCCAUUUUGAUGUCAGAUAUAAUAUUGUUGAUUCGUGGUGCAUGAUGACAAAAGCAAACAAUGUUUCCGAACGCUGAAAUGACUGUGUGGACAGUUAUGAUUAGAAAGGACUUUGAUCAAUGUUAUAUUUUUGUCAUGUUUACCAGAAUAUCAGUAACUGUCCUGUAGUUAUUGCUGUGGUGUUGUUCUCAGUAUACAGUCCUGUCUUGUACCAGUGCAUUGAUAGAUGAUCCAUCCUCUUGCAGUGCUGUGAAUGUAGCACACACAGUAAAACGCUGCUGUCAGAUAAAGAUCUCAUUUUCCCUGAGACUGUAUGCUGACAGCGGAGAGUAAAAGCCUGGCUAACGUUAACUCAGUUUUUGUUCCCGGUUCUUAGACUGUCAGUGAAAACAAAAGAAUCAGAAGAAUAAUACCAACAUUGGAGUAAUGAAUCUCUCCAUCCGACAGCAGCGUAUAAAUAUUAUAUUAUUUCCCUGAGAAUCUGCUUUGAUGCAAGUUGUAUUUUGCUGUUUUGAUCCUGCAUGCUUCUCCUUUCAUGGCUCUAUUCUCUGGCCAGACAUCUCUAUUGCUGAGGAUCUUUUUUAUUUUUAAUGUAGCAUGCCAAGUCAUCAUUUAUUUAGGAAACAUGAAGUGUUGAAAUUCCAACAGAGGAAAUGUUUAUUUUGCUUUGUGCCUGUGGAGAGAUGAGUUCAGACUUUAAGAGCCUACUGUUAAGCGCUGGUUGGUUUUUGAAUGAGAAUCCUCACAUUGCUGGUAUUUAUUUUUCUGUAUAAAUAGCUAAAUAGCUGCCGGUUCUAUUCUGACGAAUGAUGUUUGUUGUCAUUCUGUGAAUGCAUUUUUCAGACUGAUGUCAUGCUACUCCUUGUGGUCGAUUCCCCAGUAUUAAAAGCAGCAGGCAUCACUCCAA